GUUUUGAUCAUGACCGACACCGCCGCAGCCGACGACCCCGUGGUUCGGGAGAUUCCUGUGCAUCUGGCCGACAUUCUUCGAGGCAACAUACAUGUCGUCCAGUUCCCGCUGCGGCCGGUGUACCGCCCGAUGACGAGUAAACCCGUGCAGGCCAAGUACAAGCCGUCGAACUCGAUGUUGUCGUUGGACUACCCAUUGCACACCGAGGACCAUUACAACAACGACGACGACAUGGACAUACCGCCGCGGUUGACGUUGCAGAGCAGCGUCGUCGCGCCCGUGUCCAACUACGCGGUGGGGGUGUUCCGCGACGGACAGCUUCACUUGACGCCCGUCACGUCCGUGUUACAGAUGCGUCCGACCAUGUCGCACCUGGACGACGACGACGGUGACGACGACCACGACAUGGAGGCUCACCCCGCGCCAUCCUCCUCCAACGUCGUCGCCGCCGCCGCGGAAGAAGUACAGGUGCAAGUGGUCAAACGGCAGUCCGAGCGCGCCUUAGCCGCCAUGCAAAACUCGUACGCGUACAAGCGCAGCGUGGUCCAGAGCGAGAAAUGGACCGACUUAAGCAUCAACGCCAACGAAGACGACGAGUUCGAGCAAUUGUUUAGCGAUGUCGAGACCCCCGUGGUGUUUGAUGUGACACCGCAAGCGUACCUACAUGCGCUGAGUUAUCGCCAAGACGAUAACGUUAUCGCAGUUUCGGAUGUCGACCCCACCCGUGUUACUAGUACUACUAGUAGUAGUACCUCCCUGGACGAUCGCGUACUGGCCGUGCUGCAGACAUACAAAGUGCUCCACUUCAACCGCCUGUGCGAAUAUUUGCCGGAUGUGCCGCCGCUAGACAUCCGCGCCGCCCUUCCGCGCGUCGCCUCCAUCGUCCGUGGCUGUGUAGUUGUCAACUCGACGCUAUUAAAGGACCAUGUCGAGUACCGAGCCGCCAUCGUCUCAGAAUUGACGAAAGCGGUGCAUGUGUCGAGAAACCACGUGAUCGACACGUACAAGAUCCCCGCGCCUCUGGCCAAGACGCUCUUGACGGAAUACGCCGUGUUGAACCCUGUGAAUCGACUGUGGAGGCUCAAGUUGCCAGACGACAGCGAAGCCACGUGGUUGCGUUGAGAAGUGUCAUAUCGUCGAUAUACAAAUGCAUACUUCUUUGCAUUCUUGUCCCUGCUACUAUACACA